AUGUUCCUGCUGGGCGGUUGCGACUUGAUCUUGCGGCCGGGACCUUGCCCGUUUGGGACACCUUCCAACCGAUUGAAUGACGUCGUGCCCAGUCAAGCAUCGCCAUCCACUACAAAGCCUGCUGGACAGUCGACGCUUCCCCUUCGACCUGCUUCGACGGCCUCCGACGCGUUGCCAUCGGGGCGCUUGAGUUCGAUCGCCCGUCGGUGGCAUCUCGAUGACGUGGCAUGGUCUCGUGACCUCUUGGACGGCAAAGCUUACCCCACGUCACAUGGCCUGUCCCCGCCCACCUUGACAUCGUCGUUCAGUCAGUUUUACGCAAAGUAG